UAUAGAACAGAUAUUUUUGAAACUGGAAGCCUAAGCUUACAGCGAAAAUCAUAUCAAACAAGAAGCUUUUCAGGUCGCUAGGGCUUUUAGAAGUGAAUAUGCAUCCUCCUCUAACUUUGCAUAAGCACCCGAUGUGUGCCGAAAUUAUCGAGCAGUUUCAGAAGUGUCAUGUAGACCAUCCUGUUGCAAAAUUCUUUGGUGAAUGCACAGAUCUGAAAAUAAAGCUUGAUCGGUGUUUCAGGCAGGAAAAAGCCCUGAAGCGAAAGGCAAACUUUGAGCAGAGCAAGAAAAUGAAGGAAAGACUACAAGCUUUAAGAAAGGAAAACUCUUUAUGAAGUAGCUAGGAGAUGGCUUUCAUGAAGAAUUUUUCAAGAGAAAACCCAUUAACUAAUCAGACAACCGAGAUCGGGAAGACAUGGCGAUAAAGAAAUUUGUAGCCAGUUUCAAUGGUUGGAGACUUAGAAUGACUCCAGAGAGCGGAAGAGGAAGAAACUAUAGGACGAACACCAAAUUUGUAGAUUGUGAAGAUUACUGCAUUUUGGGUUGGGAAGUUCUAGAUAUUCUUUGUAUGCUUGAAAAUUGGCCAUGAUCAUUGUUUAGUUGAAAAUUGUCUGAUUUAUUGUUACAAUCAUGACGAGGACUCUUAUACUCUUUCUCAAGAACCUUCUGAAAAUAAAAUGUAUUCGGAUGAGAUAUUGGAGUGUGUUAUUUGAGAAUAAAAUGUGUUAUUUGAGAAUAAAA